AUGUCAGAGCUUCCGCCUCGUAGGCGACGUUCGUCGCUGAUCCACCUGGAAGAAAACUAUGGUCUCUCUGGCUUCGCUUCGCGCCCCUCUUCUCGAGCUGGGUCCAGUGCUCUCUCGGCACCCUCGGCCGGGGCAGAGUCGCCGUCCGUCUCUCCCGAGGGCCUUCGCCGGCGAGAUUUUUUCCCGCCCUCGUUUCUUCCAGGCUCGAGCCGCAGCCUGCCAGAGCCCUCGCCGCCGCCGGAGCUCGUUAGCGGUUUUGGGAGAGGGCGAGCACGAAGAGACGGAGACGAAGGAGACAGGCGAGAGAGAGAAGGCGAAAGAGGCCAACACACGGCGGGACGGAAACAAGCAGAACGUGGAAGCGACUACUACUCCACCCCGCUUGCCGGCUACUCGGAAAGUCGUUAUGCGGCGCCUGGACCGUUCUUCAGGGACGAGCGAGAAGAAGAGCGACGGCGAGCCUCGAGACGCACAGCGGGGAUGCAAGUAGGCCUGCAUUUCUACGACUGCAUCGGACAGCAGCUUAGGACUCUCCAAGUCUUGUGUGAUCGCCAGAAGGCCGAGGCACUGCGCGCGCCUGUUGAAGCGGCUUGCAGCAAAGAGGCAUCGAUGAUUUCUUUUGGACGCACAGUAGCAGGCACCGUAUCAGCUGCUCUCGGAUGCCCCUUGGUGUUGGUCUGUGCGUACGACAAGGAGACAGACGAGCUGUACUGCUGCUUUGCGUCGAUUCCUCUUGGGACGCUCUGUCCGUCGUCUCCUCUUUCCCCUCUCGCUUCCCCCCCCUUCGCUGCGGCGAAUUUGUCUCCAGCUGACGCCAGUGCACGCUCCGCAGAUGUCGCCGACGGGAAGGCGGCAUCCGGCGCGCCGCGUUGUGAGGGGGAGACUCUAAUGUCUCGGGCGUCUUCCCUUCAAACUUAUUCUCGCGUGUCUUCCCCGCUUCGCUUGCCUCCUGCCUCCCACUUGCCUCGGGCGCCGGAGACAGACGUCGACUCUGUGUGCUCCUACGAUCGGAGCUCCUCCAGCAGUCUCUCCGCCGGAGGCGCGUGCCCACAGCUGUCUCCUCCGUCGAGUCUUCCUUCUCCCCUUCCCUCCUGUCGCCUGCCUGCACAGUUCCGCCGCGCGUCGGCCAGGCAGAUGGGUUUUGUCUCGUCUCCAAGGCGCGAGCAACGCGUGCGUGCAUGCGCGGCUGUUCUCUCCACGCGAUUGCCUCGGGGGAGAGAGCGAAGCGACGCAGGGCGCGACAUGCCUUCGCUGGCUGUCGCGAGUCCCCGGACGCCCUCUCAGGCGACGGACUGCGAGGGGUUGAGGGAAGAGAACGACAGAGCCGCGGAGGCGAGAGAGGAGGGGAGACUCGGAGAGCGUGGACACGCCAAGAUGGGGAGGCCUUUUCGUCGUGAGCAGGACGGCGCGACCGCGAGGGAGAUGAAAGAAGGCGCGCUGGGGACAGGAGACAGACAGCUUGAGUCGACCGAAGGCUCACCGAAACGGUGCAUCCACUCCUCGGUUUGGUCCACAAAAAAUGCAGAGAAGGAACAAACCGCGGGCGACGGCCAGCAAAGAGGCAGCAUGAGCAGGGUGGACCUGGAGGAGCUGGAAGCAGACGCAGAACCCGCCGACUGGCGCCGCCUGCCCGAGCUAGCAGCCGAAGGAGACGGAAUCUCCAGCUGUGGACGACUGGAAAGUGAAGAAGAGAUUCUCAGUCACCAACUUCGCCAGUUUCUUCGUUGGCGCCUCGUCGACGACCGCCGAGCCUCCGACACCGCGUCUUUCGCGAGGUCGUCUGAGCCGCCGGAGUCUCCGCGUCGGUCGCCUUCCCCUCGAAAGGCAGAGAAACGCCAGAGCCCUCCCCUUUCAAACAGCUGCUCCCUCUCGUCUCCCUCGGAGUCGUCGGCCUCGUUGCCUGCGCACCUGCACUCCGGACUGGCUGGGGCCAUGAUGGAGCGGAGGCGGCAAAGCCCGCCGUCUCCGUUUCAUUUCCCGCGGUGGGGUGGCGGCAGACGAGGAGCGAGAUCUGCGCACAGGCUCGAGACCGAGAGAGCGCUCCGCAGCAACGCCGAAGAAAGAAGAGUCUCGGCAGUCUCUGCUGGAAGUCUGAACCGCGCUCCCAACCUGGGAACUCUCGAGCCGGUCGUUGGCCCACGAGAGGAGGAGCUACCGUUCUCCUUGCGCUACGUCGGAGACCCGACGUUCUGCGACUGCGAAGAAGGCGAGUCUGUUCUAGAAGGCCGGGAAGUCCUCGUGCUGUCCCCGCGGGUCGGUUGCAUCGGCGAACUGUUUCAACGCGUCAACGAGCGAACAACGCAAUCCUUUCUGUACGACUCUACGUCCGACGCCAUCAUUGGGCCGCAGAGAACUUCUUCGGUGGCAGCUGUGCCUUCUGGGCCUGUUCCGUCUGAUCUGGUCUCGGUUGAGCCGAGCGAGGCUGCGUCUUCGAGUUCUUCCUUUCCCGCCUGUUCUUCGUUGGCGUCUUCGGCGCUGCCGCACAUCGUCGUGAACGCCUUGCGAGAAAAGCAGUGUCUCCGUGGCGACGGCGAGGCUGGCCUGGGCAAAGGGGACAGAGACAUUUGCGCGUGGCCCCCGCUGCCUCCGCUUCGGCUGCUCGUCCGAAAGCUGACAGAUCGCGCAGGCAGUCGGCUCUGGGAUCUCAUGGAGGACUCCCGGAUCGAUUACUCGUUGCCUCCGGAAAGGAAACGCGGGCCGCUCGAGGGGACUUUCGGUCGCAAGGGCGACGUUCCUUCGCGCUCGUCUUUCCCGAGAAAACUCGCGCCCCACGCGGCCAACCCAGCCUCUGCGCGCCUCUCAGACUCCCCCGCCCGGUCGACCGCGGUGCGAAAGGUUCCGUCGUCUUCCUCGAUGUCUUCUGCAUCCAGUGCCGAGGCACUGGCGGAAAGCGGAGGCUGGGGCGCGACGCCUCCGCUGCCGCGGUCGCCCAGCGUCGCCUUCUUGGGUGAAUCGCGAGAAGACGCGUCCAGUCGCCCCGAGGCACUCCGCGAAGAGACGCAUGCAACGCACCCGAACUUCGCCAUGGGCCUCCUCGUCUGCGUGCAGCCUCUGGACGGCGGCUGCGAGGGCCAAGAGGAACUGAUCGAUGAAAUCGCCGACCGAGUUGAACAGCUUCUUCUCAGCGUUCUCAAUGUCGAGUGGCUGAGAAGGGAACGAACAAAGAAGGCGCUUCAACUGGAAUUGCACAGAUCUGUCUUCCAGGAGGCGCUGAACCCCAUCAAGACGGUUGAAAGGUUUUUGUCUCUGAUCCACACAACUCUCGGAGUCGAGCAGGUUGCCUUCUUCAUUGUGGAUGCCCAAAACAACUCGUUUGUCUGUCUCGGUGGAGCGCUACAAGCUCGCGGGCUGACUCUCCCGCACUCCCAUCCGCUUCUCGGCGAGGCGACGCGGCAAGGGGGAAGAAUCGCCAUCUGCAACGACGUCCCCGCGGGCAUGAACAAAGACUACGAUGAUCUGGCCGGAAUUCGAACGCGAUCCGCAAUGGUGGUCCCUCUCCUCAACGCCCAGGGCUUUGCGAAGGGCGUUCUUCUGCUGAUCAAUCGACCAGCUUGCGCCCUCUGCCGCCCAGGAGCGGCUUCCUUUCUUCCGUCCGGAUCCUAUGCACCCGACGUCGCGACCCCUUUCGCUGCCACGCCUCGUCGGCCGACUCUCCGGCACGCAGUCUCCUCGCCUGUCGCCCUGUCGCGCCGACCGAACCCCACGCCCGGCUCUGCGCCGACCCUCCCUGCAGCCUCGCCUUUCUUCCUCCGUCCCGUGUCUCGCUCGGCCUCCUUACUUCCUGACACCGGCGCUCCGCGCGAGUCGGCGUCUCAGCCGCAAGCUUCUCAUUCUUCUCCUUCGCGGCUCGAGCGACCGAGACAAGUACGAGGCCGCCUAGGCGACAGAGAGAGCUCCGGCUUCGGCUUCGCGGAGGCAAGCGACAAGCGGCGGGGGCGCGAAGGACGCGGCCGAGCCCGCGGAGACAGAAGAGCCGGAGACAGGGGCGAGACUGGCGCGUGUCCGCUGUGCAGCCCCGCCGCGCGACACCGCCUGUCCUACGGAGACCAGUUGCUGCAAACCCUGACGGUCGCGAAUGAGUUGAAAGUCCACCGGAAAUUCACGAGAGAAGACGAAGUUUUCUUGCGCUGCAUUCAGUGCGAGAUCCAAAACGCCCUCGGCGGGGCGCUGACCAACGUUUGCGUGGCGGGGAUGACUCUCCUGAAACCGAUGGUGACGAUGGUCUCCUACGUCGUCGCCGAACCGGAAAACAGCGUCAUGUUCCGGUCUCAGACAGGCGCGGACCAUGUGCUGGCAGAGAUCAAGACGAUCGUUGAGGAAGAUAAGCGUCAGCUCCUCCGGCGCCUUCGCCGCUGUCAGUCGUUGGCGCCAAGCAUGGACGAGCUCUCCAGUCGGGCCUCGUUUCCUUCCUGGCCGUCUGCUCUCGCGCGUUCGGACGGGACCGAGGAUGUGGAAGGACCCGGACGGAGCAGCGAUGGAGUCGCGUCCGAGAGAGCCGGGACGCUGGAGACGCAAGACAGGAAGAGAGGGGCGGAAGACUCGAGGCGACGACCCGUGUCUCCUCCUUUCUACGGGCCAGAGGAGAUGGAGAGGAGGGGUCGAGAACGGGAGAACGACAGGCGCCGACGAGAGAGAGAAGAGCGAGCAAAGGAAUCCGAGGAAGAAAAGCAGCGGCGGGCGACGGUCGCGGGCCCUCGCCCCGAUGGAGAACGCGACGCGCCAAGAGGCGGUUUGCGAGCCAAUCGUGUCUCGCCCGUAACGCCUCUCCUCCGGCGCGAACCUUCCUGCCAGAGUCCUGUCUUGGUUCGAGGGGCGCGAGGCGGCGCUCCCUUCUCUCUGCCUUGUUCCUACGCGGUGGAGACGGAGUCGGUGUCCGCGGCGAAUCGGUCUGAGGCGGGAGACAGUCCUCUGUUGGUCUCGGGAAUUCGCCGGAAGCGCGAAAACCCCGGCCUGCUGUCUCUGCAGAGCAUGGGCGACUUUCGACGGCGAACAGGCCGCGAACGCGAGGAAGACGACGGCAGCGUGUCCUCAAGCGCUAACUGGUCGUGGCGAGAGGAAGAAGAGAGAUCCCGCGCCGUCCUGAAUGGGCGAGGAGCGAGCGACGAGAUGCUCCGCGGCUGCUCCGUGUCGUCUUCGGAAUGGAAAGACGACGACGGACGAGAAGAGAGGGACGCGACACUCGCGAAGGACGGCGCGUUCGCGGCGUCCGGCGAGGUGCUCAUCCGCAAGAGCGCAAGUCGAGAGACACACGCAUACCGAAGGAAGGGCGGCGAAGAAGGUGGACGCGUCAUGAGGACGUUUGGAUCCAGUGAACACCGCUUUUCGUCUUCGCUGUGGAAAGCCUUGAAGAAGAGACCACGCGCGUCUUCCCUCCCGAGUCUCGUCUUUUCUGCCGCGCUUGACAAAUGCGAAAGACACAUGAAAGCCAUCCGAAGAGACCUAAUCUUGGCCCAGUUUCGGGGAUGGAAUCUCGACGUUUGGCGGCGAAACAGCAACGAAAUGGAGAUCUUCUUCCUGCUCGCGCUCGACGAUUUGGGACUGCUCGAGAGAAGAGAGGAGAAGAAGCUGCGUCAUUUCUUUACGAUCAUUCGCGACGGGUAUCACACAGAUAACCCGUACCACAAUUUCUACCAUGCCAUCCAUGUUUUCCAGGUCUGCUGGAUGUUCCUCUCCACCUAUGGAUGCCGCAAUAUCCUCAGCCCCGUCGAACAACUGGGGAUCCUCCUUGCAGCGUUGUGCCACGACGUCGAUCAUCCUGGGGUUAACAAUGCAUUCCUUCGCGCGAGUCUCCACCCUCUCUCGAUCAUGUACAACGACAAGGCGGUUCUCGAGAAUCACCACGCCGCGUUUGCCGUCCGAACAAUGAUGGAACUGAGCAUGUACGGAGCCGGCUCGCGAUGCUUUCCGGCCGUCGGCGGGUCGGCGGCGCCUGCGUCUCCCGAGGGGAAGACUGGAUCGUGCGGUUCGCGUGUUGAAGGCGGGCGCAUUGUGCCCUCGUUCGCGGAGUUGCGGAAAAUCGUGAUUCAGGCGAUUUUCUCGACCGACAUGGAACUGUUUAGGCAGCACCACGACGCUAUGAAGAGGCGAGCGCAGAUGAAGACGCGUAAGAAAUGGCCGGAAGACGCUCAGAUGGAAAGUUGGACAGAGGGAUGGAUCGCGAAACCCGCUGACCGCGAAGAACUCGAAGGAGAAGACGAUCGAAACUUGCUGGUCACGUGCCUGAUCCACUGCGCGGAUAUCUGUAACCCGGUCAUGAGUGAAGGAAGAAACAUCCAGUGGGCUUCCUUGGUGACUCAGGAAUUCAAUGCUCAAGUCGACCUGGAAAAACGUUAUGGACUCCCCGUGUCCGUCUUCAUGGACGCCCGCACAGAGCUGCAAAGAACGCAGUCCCAGAUCGGCUUUCUCUCCUUUGUCGUCCUCGACCAAUUCCGGGCCCUCGCCGACCUCAUACCGGAAGUCUCCGAGUUGGUUAUUCAAGGCGAAAAAAAUUUGGAGAUGUGGCAGAGAGCACUCGAUACUUUGAAGGCAGCGGAAGAGGCCGAAAAAGCCGGAGAGCGAUAUGAAGAAGAGCUUCCGAACAAUUUUUCGUUCCGUCUCAAGGAUCUGAAAUUUACCGGCAUGCGUGGAGUGAAAUGCUUUGGCUUCAUCCAGUGUGAGGAGUACGACGGUUGCCGGCCGCCCAGUUUGGACGUAUGA